AUGUCAUUCAGAGGAAGCAGUCGAGGUCGCGGUGGCUCUGCAACCGGUGCCAAUCGAGGCGGCUCGGGCUUUGGUGGACGUGGUGGUCGAGGAGGAGGCUUCCAGCCUUCAUUCGGCCCUCCAGCUUCGGUAUUGGAAAUGGGUUCUUUCUUGCAUGCGUGCGAAGGCGAGAUGGUUUGCGAGUCCAUCAACCCCAAAAUUCCGUACUUCAAUGCACCGAUAUAUUUGGAGAAUAAGACUCCCGUCGGAAAAGUUGAUGAAGUCCUAGGCCCUAUCAACCAGGUCUACUUUACCAUAAAGCCCCAAGAAGGAAUCGUCGCAACUUCGUUCAAAUCGGGGGAUAAGUUUUACAUUGGAGGAGAUAAGUUGUUACCACUAGAGAAGUUCUUGCCUAAACCAAAACCACCUCCAGGUGCCCCAAAACCAAAAAAGGUCGGAGGUGCUGGACGAGGCGCCGCUCGCGGUGGACGUGGUGGGCGCGGAGCUUCCCGCGGAGGUAGAGGUGCACCACGAGGCCGGGGCGGAGCUCCAGGAAGAGGGGCCCCUCGCGGUGGAAGAGGAGGGUUUACAGCCCGCGGUGGCUCAAGGGGCGGAUUUCGCGGUGCUUCUGGCGGACGGAGGUUCUGA